CAUUAUAUAUUUUCCUGGUCUUAACAAAAUAUAAAACCCCAAUAAUUGUAGGGAGCAGGCAGGAAUCCUCUUUGCUUUAUUCCCUGAAUUUUCGCCAACUUACCUGAAGAAAGAUGUCGGAAUCAGAGACCGGUUUAAUGACAGCGAGCAGAGAAUCAUCAAUGCCAUUCACAAUGGCUCUCCACCACCAACAGCACAACCAACCUCCUUCUCCUCCUCCUCCUCCGCAGCAGGAGCAGCAGCAACAGUCGUCGCCACCACCGCAGCAGCAGCAGUACCAACACAACUCAGCCGGAGGUGGGAAUCCUGCUUUGAACAUGAACUUGCCCGUGGAGAUGACGACGGGGAGCGAGCCUGUGAAGAAGAGGAGAGGGAGACCGAGGAAGUACGGACCGGAACUGGGUUUGGUUCCCAGAGCUCCUUUCACCGCCACGCAAACUAGUGGUGGUGGUGGUGGUGGUGGUUCCGGCGAAGGAGGGUCGUCUACGCAGAAGAAGAUGAGAGGACGACCUCGUGGCUCUAUCAAUAAGAAAAAGCUUCAGGCUUUAGGCUCGACAGGAGUGGGAUUUACGCCUCAUGUACUUACCGUGAUGACUGGAGAGGAUAUCGCAUCAAAGAUAAUGGCGUUUUCUCAGAACGGACCACGCACUGUGUGUGUCUUGUCUGCAAAUGGAUCUAUCUCCAAUGUGACUCUUCGCCGGUUCGCCGCAUCUGGUGGAACCGUUACAUAUGAGGGGAGAUUUGAGAUUCUGUCUUUGUCGGGCUCGUUCCUUCUCGUAGAGAACAACGGUCACAGAAGCAGGACAGGAGGUCUGAGUGUGACCUUAUCAGCUCCUGAUGGUCAUGUCUUAGGUGGUUGUGUAGCUGGUCUUCUUAUAGCAGCAUCACCUGUUCAGAUUGUUGUUGGGAGUUUCAUACCAGAGGGGCAAAAAGAACAGAGACAGAUGGAACUAGCGUCGUCACCGACAUUACUACCGCGUGUGGCACCAAGUCAAGUACUGAUGAAUCCGAGUAGCCCGCAGUCUCGUGGCACAAUGAGCGAGUCAUCUAUCGGAGGACAUGGAAGCCCUCUUCACCAGAGUACGACAGGAGGACCUUACAACAACACCAACAACCUCUCCAUGCCUUGGAAUUAGCCAUGUGAUAUUAUUUGUAGUUUUAAAAACUCCAACAAGCCUUCUAUUAUUAGAAUGAUGAUAUGAUUCUUAUCUUUAGUUUAGGCUUAUUUUAAAAAGAGUUUAAAUAACUUAACAUGCUUUGUGUUUCGUUAUAUUUUCAGAACCUUGAGUUGUUCAAUAUCCUGAUUAAUGUAGAUCUUUCUUUUUAUUAUGAA